AUGUUACCCGAAGAGUACCGGGAAAUCGGUCGCAGCUACUACAAGCUAAAACAAUACGAGAAAGCAUUGGAAACAUUCUCAAAAGGCAUUGAGGCUUGUCCAACCGCAGAUUUAUACGAUCAUCGGUCUGCGACACAUGAUAAACUGGGCAAUCUCAACGCUGCUGUCAAGGAUGGCCGAGAGAUGAUCAGAUUGAACAAGAAGGAUGUGAAGGGAUAUCUACGUACAGCGAAUGUGCUGGAGAAGAUGGAGAAGCCUGAGACAGCCCUUGGGAUCUACAAGUAUGGUAUGAAGAAUGUCCCAGUCAGCGACAAGAACUUCAAGCUCUUGCAACAACUCCACGACAAGCUCACACGCAAACUAUCACCUGCAUCAGCCAUCGAUCCAUUCACAGUUCUGCCUGCUGAGUUAGCGGAGAUGGUACUAGAGUAUUGCUCCUUCCGCCACAUGGUCAACUGCAUGCGCGUCAACAAGGGAUGGCGAGACUAUCUCUCCAAGCUACCCAAGCUUUGGAUGCAUCUCGAUCUCUCCGGUGCCCGUAGGCUUGUCCCUCGCUCCUUUGUCAAUACGGCUUUCAAGCGCUCAGAAUUUCGUAUGACACGCGUCACUGUCCAUCGCUUCGAACACAUGGACGUAAUGAAGAACCUUGCGAAAUCUGCCAAAGACCUUUCUGAACUGGAACUUAUCUCCUUACCCCACGCCCUACCAGCUAUGCUGAUUGACAUUGUCAAGAGUGCUCCGAAGCUGAAGAAGUUCACCAUACAUCCGGAGAUUCGGCAAGACACUGCGGAGGAGAUACUGCAUGCGCGACCUACGCUGGAGCAUGUGUCCUUCGGCGCGCUAAGGGGCAAGACGACCGCUACUACUUGGGCAGCUCCAUUUGGGAACCUCCGCACACUCAACAUACACUGGUCUUCCUCCAUCAUAGCGGCUAAUUUCGGGCUAACCGAGCUACUGAGCCGUACACCAUUCCUGGAAUCUCUAUCACUCUCCAAUAUAGGUGGCCUUCAAUUCCAGCGCGGAUGGCCCACAGAGGUCACUCAGUUGCCGCCGCUCAAAAGUCUGGUGUUGAAACAGGUGAACCUCCAGACCUUCCCAUUACUGCCGCAAACACUACAGCGGCUUGUCCUAGAGAACGACGGCGGUAGAUUGAACCUGACCGACUUUGGAGCCCUGGAGCGGUGCUGCAUCCCAGAACUUACACACCUAACCAUAUUCGGCUUCGAAGGCCUAGCUACAAACGCAUUGGGAAGGCUACUAGACGUAUGCAUGCACAACAGCGAAACGCAGACAUGCUUGCCCGGGAAACCCCUCGAGUCAUUAUCACUACACGGUCUUCUACAUGAACACUCCAGCCAAUUGCUUACUCCAAUGGGACAUGAUUCGAUAUUAGGUGCAUCACCGCGGGUUCUCACACCAGCGUUAGAAUCCUUGGACAUUGCCACCAUGCCCUGCAACGACGACGCAAUUGAGGAACUCCUUACCCACAAAACGGGACUCACGACAAUCGAUCUCUCUCAUACUAAUAUCACGGGAGCGUCCAUCAAGAUGCUGGCGGACAAGCUUCCGACGCUAAAGAGCAUCAAAGCGAACAACUGUACUAAGAUCAGUGGGCGAGAUGCGAUUCAUUAUGCAGAACGAAAGGGGAUAUCAGUAAGUUGCCUAAUGCUAGAGCAGAAAGGUGGACGAAGAAUUCGAUAUGGCUAG